UUCAACGAUGCUCCUCCUGCCGAUGUCAUACUACAAUCAUGCGACUCGGUACAAUUCUUCGUAUGCAAAGUCAUCCUUUCAUUUGCUUCCCCCUUUUUCCGCGACAUGUUCACCCUCCCACAGUCUUCCGGGUCAUCCGACGUGCAACCCGACAUACCAGUGAUUCCCAUGGUGGAGAGUAGUGCGACUCUAGACGAUCUUCUC